UUCAUAUUUUCUUCUUCCUGCCUCACAAUAAUCAAGAUCCAACGGCAACAGCCUGGUGCUUUCUUCCCCCACCACCACGCUGCUUCCAGGGAAGGCAGCCUGCCAGGCCUACCGUCAAACACCGACACAGGAAACAAAGAGCCCCACCAUGUCGGCCCAGGCUCUUUAUCAACCGUCCGUCCGAUGCCAUGCCAGAAUCCGAAGUCCUCGUCCACAUCUCCGCACCCAGCACCGUCAGCAAUGACGCUCACUAUCGGGCCCAAGUCGAGGCAAUCCUGGGUUUUCGGCCCUCCUCUCGUCAAGUUAUAACCUUGCGAUCAGAUGAUCAAAUUCCUGAUCUCGAACCCACACCUGGUCCCGUCCAUUCACCCAAACGCCUGUGCGUCUCCCACGGCCAGGAAAAGGACAAAUCCAAGCCACCUAACAGCACGACUGCCUCGCCCGUCCAGCAACAACUUCGCUACGAGAAGGACUCACUCGGAACACCCCUGAGUGUCAUUCCAGACUCUCAGCCCGACCGACCCCUUCCUGACCCCAACGACUUGCGGGAGAUCGAGCCUCCGCGAUCAAGUCCUAUUCCUCGAAAAUCUAUAUAUACGGAUGGCGCUUCCACAGUGAAGCGAAGUCGACUCCAACCCCCUCGGCCAGUGGCCGCAGAGCCACACAAAAAUAUACACUGUCUGGACGAGCAUCCCAACAGUGGCAAAGCCCCAAAUGACGACAUUGCCAUAUCUUUUUCUUCCAGUGCCCACGAUGACGACAACCCAGCAUAUGACAAUAUAUUACCAACAAAGGGCCUCCCAACCCUUCCUAUGGAGAUCAGGCCCCGACUACCCCCAGUAUCAUCAGGCCGUUUCGUAUCGCACAUCACCCCAACACUAGCAAUGCUAGCCACUCGCCUCAUGUCCCCACGAGCAUACAACCCUAUCAAACAAACCAGAACACUGGAUAACCUGGAAAGAGGAUACUGGUAUGUCCGCCUUAGUCUUGAGACACAAACCCUGGACGAGCGACCCCGACCAGCAAACCCCAACCCCAUGAUCUGGGAGACGCCAUUAUUCACCCGUUUCUGGACCUUCUUAUCAGAAUUUAUCGCCAAGGAAGGCCGCGCCGGCUGGGGUGUUUGGUGCAUUCUAGAGGAUGCAGAACCAACUGCAUCACCAUCAUCGGAAACAGUUGCACCACCCCCCGGUGAUCCUGGUCAUAUAAAAUCAGUAACACUGAAGGUUUACGCCUGGGGUGAGAUAACCUCGCAUGUCUAUUUGCUUUUAUUCCUGGCUAGUGAACGCCACAUCCGCAAAAUGGGGCUUCAAUGGCGUGACAGCGCUGACGAAGUCGUUAUCCAGAUGCCAUAGGAUAAGAUAUCCCACGGUCGUAGUAUACUCUGGAUGAUGUAUGGAUCAGAGCAUUAACCUUUAUAGCUUAGUACGCAAUAAAUGUAUGUAUCUAUAUAUAAACUAAAAACUACACGAUGAAAAUCAGAGAAUAACAGCCAGG